AUGUCGAGUUUCGGAUAUCUUUCUAGUAAAGACGCUUCAGCUGUGGAGGAUCUCCUUUCACAGACCAUGGAUCUCUACGUUCUUGAGCAAGUCGCCGCCAUCAACCUUGCUGGCUUCACCGACUCUGCUCUUCCCACUAAUCUUGAAACCCGUUUCCGUCGUCUCAAAUCUCUCCCGGUUUCUAGACAACCCGACCCAGUUUCUUCGUCCAAGAAGCUUCCCUCCCACUCCAAGAGCAUGGCUGCUUCUUCCUUUUCUGUUUAUGAGAAAAGGAACUUAUCCGGAAGAAUAAAACGUGUUCCGAGUGUGCAAUCUCGUCCGUUGGUUUCAUCUUCUGACCAAACGCGAGUUUUCUCGGGAAGAAUCAAACGCGACUCGAUUGGAAACAUCGGUUCGAGGAGACUUUCUCGAGAUGGUAAGGUUUUGUCGCGACCAACAAUAACUACACAAACACUGAAGCUGCUUCCUAGAGAGAAAACAAGAACUAGUUCAGCUUCGUCUGUCUCUAUUGAUUUAAAGUCGUCAUCGUCGUCGGAACCAGACCAAGAAGAACGGUCAAAACAGAAACCAAAGUCGAAGUUGUCAGUUUCGUGGUUUGACACGUUAUUAUUACCAUCACGAGCCAUGGGUUGCUUAUCUUUCUCCAAGCAUAACGUCAUCAAAACAACAAAAACUUAG